AUGGGUAUUACCAACCGCCGAAAGGAUAAGGGGGCCAAGCAGGGCGGAGCCGUCGCAGCCGGCGGCGGCCAUGCCGGCGCAGGAGGAGCGAAGCCAAAGAAGGCCACCUUCGAGACAACCAAGAAGAAGGAGAUCGGCGUAUCAGACCUCACACUGCUCAGCAAGGUCUCCAACGAGGCUAUCAACGAGAACUUGAAGAAGAGAUUCGAGGGUGCCGAGAUCUACACAUACAUCGGCCAUGUGCUGGUUUCCGUCAACCCCUUCCGCGACCUCGGCAUCUAUACCGACCAGGUCCUCGAGAGCUACAAGGGCAAGAACCGUCUCGAGGUGCCCCCACACGUCUUCGCCAUCGCCGAGUCUGCAUACUACAACCUCAAGGCAUACCAUGACAACCAGUGCGUCAUCAUCUCGGGCGAGUCCGGUGCCGGCAAGACAGAGGCCGCGAAGCGCAUCAUGCAGUACAUCGCGAACGUGUCGGGAGGCGAGUCGGGCGACGUCAAGCAGAUCAAGGACAUGGUGCUGGCAACCAACCCCCUGCUGGAGUCCUUCGGAAAUGCCAAAACCCUGCGGAAUAACAACUCCUCACGUUUCGGCAAGUACCUGCAGAUGCAUUUCAACGCCCAGGGCGAGCCCAUCGGCGCCGACAUCACCAAUUACCUGCUCGAGAAAUCCCGAGUCGUCGGCCAGAUCCAAAACGAGCGGAACUUUCACAUUUUCUACCAGUUCGCCAAGGGCGCAUCCCAGCACCAGAGGGAGAUCUUCGGUGUACAAAAGCCAGAAACAUAUCUCUACACAAGCAGGUCCAAGUGCCUCGAUGUUGACGGAAUCGACGAUCUGGCCGAGUUCCAAGAAACGCUGAACGCAAUGAACCUGAUCGGCCUGUCCCAAGGGGAGCAAGACAACAUCUUCAGGAUGCUGUCUGCGAUCUUGUGGACUGGCAACCUGGUUUUCAAGGAAGACGACGAUGGUUAUGCGGCCGUGUCUGACUCGUCCGUCGUCGACUUCUUAGCAUACCUGCUCGAGGUCGACCCCCAAUCACUCAUCAAGGCCAUCACCAUUCGUGUCUUGACGCCGAGAAACGGCGAGGUCAUCGAGUCACCCGCCAACAUUGCGCAAGCAACGGCCACCCGUGACGCCCUGGCCAAGGCGAUAUACUACAACCUGUUCGACUGGAUCGUAGAGAGAGUCAACCAGUCGCUGAAGGCCAGGCAGCCAACAACGAACUCAAUCGGGAUUCUGGAUAUCUACGGUUUUGAGAUUUUCGAGAAGAACAGCUUUGAACAACUCUGCAUCAACUAUGUCAACGAGAAGCUGCAGCAGAUCUUCAUCCAGUUGACGCUCAAGGCGGAACAGGAGGAGUACGCCCGGGAGCAGAUCAAGUGGACGCCCAUCUCUUACUUCGACAACAAGGUUGUGUGUGACUUGAUCGAGCAGGUCCGCCCGGUGGGCAUUUUCUCCGCCAUGAAAGACGCCACCAAGACUGCGCACGCCGAUCCGGCUGCUUGUGAUCGGACCUUCAUGCAGAGCAUCAACGGCAUGUCGAAUGCCCAUCUGACGCCGCGUCAAGGCAGCUUCAUCAUUAGGCAUUAUGCUGGUGAUGUGAGCUACACGGUCGAUGGCAUUACGGACAAGUGCAAGGAUCAGCUGCUCAAGGGAGUCCAGAACCUCUUCCAGAUCAGUCAAAACAAGUUCAUCCACACGCUCUUCCCGCACCAAGUCGACACCGAUAACAGGAAACAACCGCCAUCUGCCGGUGACAGGAUUCGAACUUCGGCAAAUGCCCUUGUCGAAACGCUCAUGAAGUGCCAGCCAUCCUACAUCCGAACCAUCAAGCCGAACGAGAACAAAUCUCCGACCGAGUACAAUGUGCCAAACGUGCUCCAUCAGAUCAAGUACCUAGGUCUUCAAGAGAACGUGAGAAUCCGUCGGGCUGGUUUCGCAUACCGUCAGUCUUUCGAGAAGUUUGUUGAUCGGUUCUUCCUGCUGUCCCCUGCAACAUCAUAUGCAGGAGAGUACACGUGGACUGGUUCGUACGAUGCGGCUGUGAAGCAAAUCCUGAAGGACACCAGUAUCCCGCAGGAAGAGUGGCAGCUUGGUGUAACAAAGGCUUUCGUCAAGUCUCCGGAGACUCUGUUUGCUCUGGAACAUAUGAGGGAUCGGUACUGGCACAACAUGGCAACUCGCAUUCAGCGAAUGUGGCGAGCAUACCUCGCAUACAGGGCUGAGUCGGCCACACGUAUCCAGCGAUUCUGGCGCAAGAAGCGUACGGGCGCUGAGUAUUUGCAGCUGAGGGAUGACGGGCAUCGCGUCCUCCAGGGCCGCAAGGAAAGGCGACGCAUGAGUCUACUGGGGUCUCGACGAUUCCUGGGUGAUUAUCUGGGUAUCAACGCAACCACCGGGCCUGGAAGCCAAGUGCGCAAUGCUAUUGGGCUGGGAAGCAAUGAGAAAGCGGUUUUCUCGUGCCGCGGUGAACUUUUGGAGGCCAAGUUUGGCCGCUCAAGCAAACCGAGUCCCAGGAUCAUCAUUGUUACGAACAGCAAGUAUUACACCGUGUCUCAGAUGCUCGCCAACAACCAGGUCCAGAUUGUUGUCGAACGAGCGAUUCCUUUGGGGGCCAUCAAAUUCGUCGGCGCCUCAACUGCCCGCGAUGACUGGUUCUCGCUCGGAGUUGGGUCACAACAGGAGGCGGACCCACUCAUGAACUGUGUCUUCAAGACGGAAAUGUUCACUCAAAUGCAACGGGUCAUGCCGGCUGGCUUCAACUUGAAAAUGGGGGAGACAAUUGAGUAUGCCAAAAAGCCGGGCAAGUUGCAGCAGGUCAAGGUCCUCAAGGACUCCCCCUCGCCGGCGGACUUCUACAAGAGCGGUGCGGUGCACACGCAGCCGGGCGAGCCACCAAACUCAGGCCUGGCGGGCCCAACGGCCGGCCGUCAAGAGCCACAGGAAACCGAACGCCUCAGCCCCGACCCCGGAGCCGGGGCGGCGGCAGCUCCACGAGCGGUGCCCAAUCCUACACCAAGGCCCGUUCCGAAACCCAUACCUGCUCCCGUCACCAUCCCUUCGCAUACCCGAAACCAGUCUGCUGCUUCCGCAACUCGUGUACCGCCUCCUCCACCUCCACCUGCCGCACCCCCGGCUAGGGCGAGGAUCAUGGCCAAGGUCCUGUAUGAUUUUGCCGGCCAAAGGGAGAACGAAUUGACAAUCAAAGCGGGCGACAUGAUCGAGGUUGUCCAGAAGGAGACCAAUGGAUGGUGGCUAGCAAAGAACGGAGACGGCCAGGCAUGGGUGCCGGCAGCCUACGUGGAGGAACAAGCACCAGCACCAGCACCGAGGGCCCCGCCGCCGCCCCCUGUCGCAAACGGCAGGGCCAAGCCGGCCGCGCCCCAGCCCCCGGCCAAGCGACCCGCGGCAGGGCGCAAGCCGGCACCACCACCGCAGCCGCGCGACUCGGGCAUGAGUCUCAACGGCGGCUCGGACAGCAGCCGGAGCAACACGCCCACGCCGAGCCUGGCGGGCAGCCUGGCGGACGCACUGCUGGCGAGGAAGAAUGCGAUGGCCAAGAAGGAGGAUGACGACGACUGGUGA